AUGAUUAAAUAUUGUUAAUCCUCUUCCAAAAUACAGGUAUAUAAUUGACCUAUUGUUAGUUGCUUGUCAAUGAGAAAAGCAGCUAUUUAUCGAUCCAAACGAUAUGGAACAAUCAUUGGAAUAUGGUUUUAGAAUCCUAGUAUACCUUUGUUUGGAUUCAAGUAUAAAAAAAAUAUUAUAAUUUAGUGA